AUGCAAGCCACGCCCGCGUUGAUUCCGACAACACGACUCGGCAACAGUGACUUGGUGGUCUCCCGGACCAUCCAAGGGUAUUGGCAAUUGGCAGGUGGACAUGGUCGGUACAAGGAAACGGACGCGAUAGCCAACAUGAAAAGGCACUACGAUGCAGGAUUUACUACACUGGAUACGGCCGAUAUUUACGGACCGUCCGAGAUCAUAAUGGGCAAAUUCAUCAAAACGCAACCGCAGGCCAUUCCCUGCACCAAAUUUUGCUGCUUUCGAUUUUUAGACGAGAUUGAUCGAGCGGAGGUGAAGCAACGGAUAUUGAACUCGUGUGAGCGAUUGCAAGUCAACAAGCUACCUUUGGUAAAUUUCUUUUGGUCCAAUUAUGGCAUCAAAAAGUACGUCGACGUGGGUCUGUUUCUCGCCGAGCUGAAAGAAGAGGGCUUGAUUGGAGAGAUAGGGGCGACCAACUUUGAUCUUCAGCGACUUCAAGAGCUCAAAAACUCCGGAGUUCCUGUUGUUGCUCAUCAAGUGCAAAUGUCAGCACUGGAUCGACGCGCGGUCCAGAGCGGCAUGGCCACUUGGUGUGCCGAAAAUAAUGUCAGCUUGACAACGUACGGAACCGUAGGGAGUGGUAUUUUGAGUGAUAGGUACUUGGGCAAGGGUGCUCCCACCCAGGAGGAACGCAACACGGCCAGUAUGCGAAUGUACAGUACGACUGCCUCCCGUUUUGGUGACUGGAAGCUGGUACAGGACCUACUACGUACAAUGGAUGCGGUUGCCAACGAAGUCCGCUCCGAUGGACGCUGCACCCAGGCAACUAUUUCGAACAUUGCCCAGCGUUACGUGUUAGAAACCCCCGCCGUGGCUUCAAUUCUCAUCGGAGUUCGUAAUCCGGAACACAUUGCGGAGAACGCGCGGACGCACUCUUUCACAUUGACUCAAGCUGAACGUGAUGCAAUCGACACGAUUGUGGCGAAACGCAAGGGUCCGCAAGGUGAUGUAUGGGAUAUUGAGCGUGGAACCAUGUAA